AUGGGGCGCCGUCCUGCACGUUGCUACCGGUACUGCAAGAACAAGCCGUACCCGAAGUCGCGGUUCUGCCGCGGUGUUCCGGAUGCCAAGAUCAGAAUCUACGACGCGGGACGAAAGAGAGCAGAUGUCGACGAAUUCCCUGGUGUCGCUCACCUCGUCUCCGACGAGUACGAACAGAUUUCCUCAGAGGCUCUGGAGGCUGCUCGCGUUUGCGCGAACAAGUACAUGAUCAAGAACUGCGGUAAAGAUAACUUCCACCUCCGCAUUCGCGUUCACCCCUUCCACGUCCUCCGAAUCAACAAAAUGCUUUCAUGCGCCGGUGCCGAUAGACUGCAGACCGGUAUGCGUGGCGCGUUCGGAAAGCCAAUGGGUUUGGUCGCGCGCGUUGACAUCGGCCAAAUCCUCAUGUCGAUUCGCACCAGAGAGGCGAGCGUCGCGACUGCCGUGACUGCGCUCCGCCGCGCCGCGUUCAAGUUCCCUGGACGCCAAAAGGUCUUCGUUUCCAACAAGUGGGGCUUCACCAAGUUCACCAAAGUCGAGUACAAAAAGUGGCAAGCUGAGGGCCGCAUCGUGUCGGACGGAGUCGGCGCCAAGUGGAUCUCCACCAAGGGGCCGCUCGCCAACACCUUCCCCAGCGCCGCCGACAUUACGAUCCCGGUCGCCUAA